AUGCAGAAACCCGAGUUACACGCCAGACGGCGUGAAUCCAAUUUAAGAAUUAACAACGCUGAUGCGCAGCGUAUGAAGGAAGCGGGAAUUAUUUGUACAGCUUCAUCACACCCAACCGCAGGAUGGGUAGUACCGUUUACGGUAGUGGAGGGAAAACCCUCCGGGCAGAGAAGGCGAUUCAUUGCUUUGCCAAGAGAAAAUAACACUCAGGAUUAUUAUGAGGCUGAUGUUCCUCUGGGACGCAUUUCCCGGUACCUGGAUGUAGUUUGCGACGAAACUGCAACUUUAUUUGAUUUAAAGGCAUCAUUUUUCCAGGUGGCUCUGCCAGAGAACAUGCGCGCAAAUUUCCGUUGCCACACGGAAUAA